AUGCAAGGGGGCAGAGGUCGGUUGUCCCUUCCCCUGCAAAUCAGCCCCCAACUUCUCCUUCUUGCUGUGGGAGUCCUGCUGAAGCCUGUCACCGGCCUGGACCAAGUAGAAAAUGGAGCAGAUGAGGAAUCGUAUUCUGUUAAGUUCAUUACAAAGAAUUAUAUUUAUGGCAACACGGAACAUAAAGUAAAUGUCUAUGUGAAAAUGCACAGAGAUAGCCCCUUUCUAGUCUGCAUGGACUUGACUCUUUCGCAAAGUGAAGUCAUAGACCCCAGUUACCUAUGGAUCGGGCCGGAGGGACAGAAUCUAGAAAGUCAAAGCUACGUGAAUCUCACAGAGACCGGAAAGUUGAUGCUGCUCGAUUUUAAUGAGCGCAUGUCCGGAUCUUAUACUUGCACGCUUUCUUACAGAGUUGUCCAAGGGGAGAUGCAAGUUGAAGAAGAAAAACUCCAGGCAUAUAAAUUUAUGGUUUAUGCUUACAGGGAACCUGAUUACACCUAUCAAGUAUCUGUUCACUUUGCCGCCAAGGACUGCAGUUUGGUAGCCAACGGAGAGUUCUUCAAAGAGCUGGAGAAAGUCCUAAACCAGUUGAUUUCCCACCUGACCUGCCAUGUCAUAGAUUCAUCGUACAAAUGUCACUCCGUCAAGAUACCCAAACAUAUGCUGAUGGAUGAGCUGUUUGUUACUUUUCAAGUCAACCCCUUUGCCCCCGGCUGGGAAGCUGUUUGCCAACAGACCGGCCCUGACUGUGAAGAUGUGACGAACAGCCGUGUCCAAAAGGCCCGAUGGCUCAUUGAAGAGUUUUUCCGCAAGCAGUCGUACGUCAUGAAACUUGAGUUUCAGAACACCCCUGCCAUUCAUUACAUAGACCACAGUUUCCAAGUCACUCGCCUCGACAGCUGUCACCCAGGAUUUGGGAAAAACGACGUCACCCACAGCGACUGCACGAAUUGCUGUGUGGCCUGUGACCCAGGGACCUACAGCCCCAACAACCACGUGGUUUGCCUGAAAUGUACAAACGUCCGGAUUAAAUUCUACGGAGCAAAAUCUUGCUAA